AUGAUAUCCCAAGAUUCUGGAUCCCCCCGCGAGCCGGUCCUGCGCUCCGAGCGCUUGGCUCCAGAGUCGCAUCGCCGCGAGAGGGUGUUUCCCUGGCGUGUGCUAGGUCCGCUCGCGGAAACUCACCACUCACUCGGCCAAUCCCUCCGUAGCGAGAUGAGCCGGGACCACAAGGUUCUCGUCACGAUUCGCGAGCGCGCAGCUUCCAAUGGGCAUGAGGAACACCUCCCGAACACGACACGCAUCCCAUUCGUAACGAUGCUGGUGCCCUUGGCCAAGUUGCUCGUCCUUCUUAGCACGGUACAAGUAGCUUUCAGCCAGGCAUCGGUGCUGGCCGGUGUGCCAAGCUGUGCGUUGUCUUGCCUCUUGGAAACACUGACAAGCCCAUCAUCGCCAUGUCCCAUCACCAACCAAACAUGCAUUUGCGAGAGCAGGACCCUGCAGGCCAACGUCUCCUCGUGCGUAUUAGCAAGUUGCACAGUAAAGGAGGCGCUCACCACACUCAACAUCAGCUCGACUACAUGCAAUGCGCCAGUCCGAGACCGCAGGCUCACCUUGGAGGUCAUCUCGUAUGCGCUGCUUGCUUUGUCCGCCAUUGUCGUAGGCAUACGGCUCUAUGUCAGGAUCUUUCUGGGCGAUACCGGAAGUGUUGGUACGGAUGACUGGAUCAUACUGGCCACGCUUAUCCUCGGAAUCCCCUCCACGCUACUUGCUACUCUCGGGGCAGGAGGCUAUGGACUCGGGCGUGACAUUUGGACUCUAUCAUUUGACGACAUCACUAUGUUCGCCAAGUGCUUUUAUAUCCUGCAGAUCCUAUACGUCAUAGGCAUCCCCAUGGUCAAACUGUCACUUUUGUUUUUCUAUCUCCGGGUAUUUCCUGCACGGCCUGUUCGAAGAGUACUCUGGGGAACGGUCGUGCUCAUUGUCAUAUUCUGUGUCACGUUCUUAUUUGUGACCAUAUUUGAGUGUUCGCCUAUAUCAUUCUUCUGGGAAUCAUGGGAUGGCGAGCACAAAGGCAAAUGCAUAAACCUCCACGCCAUUGUAUGGAUUCAAGCGGCGGUGAGCGUCGCCUUGGACGUGUGGAUGUUGGCGAUCCCUUUUUCUCAGCUGCCUGGUCUAAAACUGCAUUGGAAGAAGAAGGUCGGUGUUGGCCUGAUGUUUUUCGUCGGCACUUUCGUGACCGUUGUCAGCAUCUUACGGCUUCAGUCAUUGAUGAAAUAUGCCAAUUCUUCGAAUGCGACUUGGGACAACACAUCGGUAGCAAUAUGGUCGACCAUAGAGCUGAAUGUCGGUAUGAUUUGCACGAGUCUUCCGACCCUCAGGCUACUUGCAGUCCGAGUGUGGCCGGUCCUGAACGGAUCCACAAUCCGCAGCAGGUUUGGAUACAGCGGGAGUCGAUACGGGCGAAGCCGAUACCCGAAGAGAGGCACCGACCUCAGCAUCAGCCGCGAGGGUCCCGUGAGGAUGAACAGCUUAAAGACGGCCGAUGUGAAGGUCGACGCCUUCCCAAUGCCUCCUGGCAGGUUUUCAGACGCCGAAACACGGCCUACCGCUCCCGAGAUCAUUCAUCAGCGCCUGGCGCGUAGCAAUUCCGAUGUGCCCUCGAUAUCCACAUUUACCAGCAGGCAUAAAAUGCACAAAUACUCAACAAGUGUGCCCAUCCGAAGUGCCAGCAUGGCGAGGCAUGAGUUCUUGCAGCAGACUUCAGCCGCGCCACUUGCAAGCCAGAGCUUACAUCGCAGGCCCAGCGACACGUUGAUGGUGGAGGACAGCGUCACAGUGAGGUCUGGAAAGACUGGAAACAGCACAAUCGGUGGGAUCGUGGAUACGUAUGCCACCAUGUCGAGUCCUGUGGAGUACGCAAUGCCGUUAUCAUAUCCAGAAUGGCCAUUGAAUGAGCCUGACAAUGUGCCACCACCACGCGGGUGGCCACCAGAGCAGAGGCAGACCAUGUUUCCGAUCGGGGAAGCGACGUCUAGCUCUUCUGAUAUCGGAGAUCAUGAUAGCAAGGAAUGGCCGACGAAGUAG